CUGAAUAAGAGGGAGAAAGAGAUACCGCGGGGCUUAAAACAGACGGCGGUUAACGUAGUUUUUUCCAUUUGGCUCUCCUCUCGUUCAGAGUUUUCCACUGCGCGCCAUUCUCCAGCUCCACUCCUCAGACAAAUAGAAAUAGCCGGCUAAAACAAAGUAGAAAUGGGGUUGACCUUCACCAAACUUUUCAGCAGGCUUUUCGCCAAGAAAGAGAUGCGCAUUUUGAUGGUUGGUCUUGAUGCUGCCGGAAAGACCACGAUCUUGUACAAGCUCAAGCUCGGAGAAAUAGUCACAACCAUUCCUACAAUUGGGUUUAAUGUGGAGACUGUGGAAUAUAAGAACAUCAGCUUCACUGUAUGGGAUGUUGGUGGUCAGGACAAAAUUCGUCCACUGUGGAGGCAUUACUUCCAAAACACACAGGGUCUUAUAUUUGUGGUGGAUAGCAAUGACAGGGAUCGUGUUGUUGAAGCAAGAGAUGAAUUGCAUAGAAUGUUAAAUGAGGAUGAACUGAGAGAUGCUGUGUUGCUCGUGUUUGCCAACAAGCAAGACCUUCCUAAUGCGAUGAAUGCUGCUGAAAUAACCGACAAGCUUGGUCUUCAUUCACUUCGUCAACGCCACUGGUACAUCCAGAGCACCUGUGCAACAUCUGGAGAGGGUCUAUACGAGGGUUUAGACUGGCUUUCCAACAAUAUUGCUAGCAAGGCAUGAAGCAGCUGAGGUUUUUGACUGUCAGACUGGACUGUGGGUAAAGUUUGGCGAUGAUUAGGGGUAUAGUUCGGUUUUCUCAAGAAGUUUUGUUAGCAGCAGAAGUUAGCCAGACUUCUUUGUGUACUCUCUGUUUGUACUUACGGCUUGAUCUAAAAUUAUCUAACCUUUAUAGUUUCUUUGGGAAGUUAACCUUAUCAUAGUUUCUUUGUCA